AUGGACAGUGAAUUCAUUGGCUAUGUCUGGACUCGAGACAGUCCUCAAGCAGCUCUAUUGCACCUUGGCUUUGACGACUACAGACGCUCAAAAUUUCCCAUUGGCCGUUGGAUCGAAUUUGUCAUCCCUGCGGACUAUGCCAGAGCGGUGCUUGGUCGUAACGACCGAGAUCGACCAAGGUUAGAGCUGAACAUCGAGGACUGCAGACUCGUGAGAGGUCCUCUACCAACAUUCGUUGUGAACAGUUCGAUAGAGAUGGAAGUCUCCGCAUCUAUCGCGGUGUCACACCAAAGUGGAGCCGAAUACAAACAUCGUGAUUUGGGAUUCAUCGCUGAUCCAAAAGGAUUGUUGGAAGGUGGUCGGGACUACAUACUCAGAGUAGCACUGAACCGGCCCAUGAAUAUUAGUAUUCGACAACAAACGACGAUGUGGAAAAUCCUUGAUGUCAUGCCAGUUAGCGAGGGUUGGGGCCCUCGUUAUCCACGUAGGGAAACGAAGGCUGCAAGGCCAUUGCCAAGUAGCAAUCGACCGUCCACUACCGUCCAGAGGCCAAGCUCUGUUCUACCGAGACCCAUCACCGAUCGAAAUUCAACCACCAGCAACAGCAGAGCAGAUUCUCCAGAUGUCCCACGAAUGCCACCAGCUCGUGCUCAAGGACCUGUGACCGCGCCAGCGAAACUACCGACAAGCAUUGAUGGAGACGUGCGACAGAGGGUCACUGACGUGGGUUUUUUCUACCGAUAA